UUUUUUUAUUUUGUUUUGAAUGAUAGCAAGACCCAAGAUGGUUGAAGAAGUCAAAAGACCAUUUAAAAUGUGUUGCUUCUCACGUAUUGGCCAAUUUUCAACCAUCCAUCCAUUUUCCGUACUGCGUUAUCCUCACAGGGGUCGUGGGCGUGCUGGAGCCUAUCCCAUCUAUCUUCGGGCGAGAGGCGGGUUACACCCUGAACUGGUCGCCAGCCAAUCGCAGGGCACAUAGAAACAAACAACCAAAUCAAUUCUGAACCCGGCCUCUUUCGUAUGUGGCUAUAAAUCAGAUAUGUAUCCGAUGCGAGAGCAGUCUGAACGUUGCAGUCGCACUCAUCCAACCUUCAUCAUCAAAAGGUGAAAACAGUUACAAUAGUUUGACAAAAUAUACAAAACAACGGCAGACCAACAGAAAGCAGUCAGUGGCGAAAAGAGGAUGCUUUACAACUGAUGAAUAUAUGGGGGAACCAGUCAGCUCCACCAGAAAAUCCUUGAAAUUGCCAGAAAUGCGUUAUGAGAGGAACACAUGGGACCAUAUUUACUUCCGUGAACAAAAUCACAAUUUUCAUCCAUUCAUCUUUCAAGGCAAGAACCCCAUUGGUUUUGAAUGCAAUCUGGACACGGUGAUGGCCAUUGUAGUUUGGUUCAAAAGCGAAAUCGAAACAUGUUUGUCUUCACCUCUCCAACCAGUCAUCAAUUUGUAACCUUCGGGUAUUGUUGUGCUACAUCAGAGCAAGAACCCGAUUGGUUAUGACUAAUAACUGCCAAAAAGAUGGCACAAGUACUUCAGUAAAAAGGGAACUUUGCAAAUGUUGUUGUCACCUUUCAACUGGUCAAACUUAAUUGUGUUCACACUCUCAGGAAUUGCCGUUUUUUUUAACUGAGCAAGAAUAAUAUUGGUUUUGCAUUUUAAGUAGUUUUGAUUUUGUUUUUAGUAAAAAUAUGACAACGUACUUGUGUAUUUGUACAUGUAUCCGAUUUCCGUAUGCGUUGUCCAGUCAAGAUUACCUACUUAUCGGGGUUGUUGCUCUAUAUCGUAAAAAUAAUCCUAUUGGUUUUGUGUGUUGACUGGAGCAAAGAUGGUUGACCCAGUUUUUGUCAAAAGUGAAUCGACAGUUCUUAUCUGAAUUUCAUUUCUCAUUUGAGCGACACGUCGUCAUCUGUCCUUUAACGUGUGCCAAUUGUUCAUUGGCAGAACUGAUACGUACACAUAGAUCCGAGGCGUGGAGUCCAUCUCUGACCCAUUUAUGAGGAGUUUGUGAGACUCGGAUGACCAAUGAGAAGAAUGUUCUCAGAAGAAACAUCCGCAUACGUUCUGUGAAGGCGUGCGUUUGUGUAUGCAUUCUUCAUGGGACAAAAUGCUUACUGUACGGUGUUUCAAUCUCCUUUUUGAGAAAAGCAGCUGAUCUAAAGCACUGCUGUUAUCCCCAAUAAAGCCACGUGAGCUGCCCAUGUAAGUCACAUGCAAACUCGGGGCCCCCGGGGGCCAAAUCGUGCCUGUUUCAGGACGAUUUUAUAGCGACCGAGGCACAGUGGAAGUGUGUCACCGGGCCCCUGAUGAAGAUGAUGAAAAGAGGUGUUGUCCUUCGACUAAGGCGGGGGGGGGGGGGGGGGGGGGGGGUUCCCGUUCACAUGACAUGGCUGUGACCAUGUGCCGGGGCGAUGGCUGUUUGUGGAGUAUGUGCGAGUUGACUGCCGGACUGUUCGAGAGGCAGCAGACCUUCUCUGGGUCCACCGCAGCAUCCUGGAUGAUGGGAAACUGAAUAUGAGGAUGUGAGAGCGAGUGUGAGGUGAAAGGGAUCCCCAGACGUUCAAAACAAGAAUUUGCUGGGAUUAUCCGGCGUUGAUCCUCCAUGGGCUCGUGGUUCUCCAAGUUCUGCAUGCAGUGUUUCUGCUGCUGCUGUCCUGCCGACGAUGACGGAGACGACAGCGAGAAGCAGCCCUUAGUGGGGACUCCGGAUCCGUUGGAGUAUUUCAACCGCGAGGUGCAGAAGCGCCGCGACGAGGAGGCCAACCUGUGGAGCGAGCCGGGGGACCCCAGCCACACGGAGCGGGAUGACGACCGGACGCUUCACGUACUGCUGCAGGCCCGCAACAAGACCCGCAUGGGUUCCACGGGCUACCGCCGGUUGAGCGUGGACAUUGAGGCCAUGCGAGACACCCGUAGGGAAGUCCGGGAUAAGUGGAAAACCAUCUUGGAGAACCUCGGCUUCAUGGCUGAGGCCGACUCGCUUCUGACCGUGUCGGCCGGCGCCUCGCUGGACCGCAUGCGCAACGCUGCCGCCGCGCGCUCUCUGCUGCAGACGCUCCACUCCGAGACGUCGCUCUUCAGCAGCAGGGAACCGCCGCCGGAGAGAUAUCUCUUCAUCCUGGAUCGCUUGCUGUACCUGGACAUCGCCGAAGACUUUGUGUCCAAGGCCAAGCGCUUCUACCCGCCUCGGGACGACUCUGACGAGGACGGCCCAUUAUGCGCCAUCAACCUGCCUCUGCUGCUGGCCCGCGUGGACGCCAUGAACGGCUGCCCCGACGACAAUAGCGUGGAGAGUGUAGAGAAGCCUUGAACGGCUGCAGUAGCUCCAGACUCCCGGCUGGGGCCGGCAGACGUCAAGGUUAGCUGUUCUCCGCAAGGUUGUUGAGAAGCUUGAACGUGUCCUAUGAGUGUCACACAUCACAUGACUAGACAACAAGUUGCCUAUCCAGACUGCUGACUCACUUAAGUAUGUUUGGAGAAUAGCAAGCGGUCAAGUGUUUGUCCCAACCCCCUUUUCCAAUCCCCCUUCAGUCACGCUUCUCUCUGUAUGUAUCCUGUCGACAAUGAUAACGAAUAAAGUUGCAAGCCUGCGGACUCAA